AACAUGGCGUCCGCUGCGCGGCGCUUCCUGCUUUGAGUGUGAAACAGUUGCAUAAACUCUCCUUCAAAAAAAAAAAAUUCUCAGACAAACACCUGCCCGGUCACACAUCACUGAAGAUACUCCACGAUAACAUGUUUUCAGCAAUUGUCGCACGAAAGAUUGUUCAUUCUGUUUGCCGGGCAUCACUUCGUCCAGCUGUCAGUACAGUGAUUUCUCGGGGAUACCGCGGUGAUGCCCCAGAACCGACUAUCAUUGAGAUCCCUCUGCCUCCAUGGCAGGAGAGAACAGGAGAAUCCCUGGAUAUCAAGAGAAAGAGACUCCUGUACGAGAGCCGCAAGAGAGGCAUGCUGGAGAACUGCAUCCUUCUGAGUCUUUUUGCUAAGCAGUACCUGAACACAAUGAGUGAAUCUCAGCUAAAGCAGUAUGACAGACUCAUCAAUGAACCCAGCAAUGACUGGGACAUCUACUACUGGGCAACAGAGGCUAAGCCGACACCUGACGUGUAUCAGGGUGAGGUGAUGGACUUGCUCAUAGAGUUUGCCAAGAACAAGGAUAUGGAGCAGCGUCUGGAUGCACCGAAUCUGGAAUAUCUGGACAAGAACAGUUAAAACUCACCUUUCUGCCAGAGACUGUCAUAGAAUCAGAACUGAACUCACCUCAGACACGAGACAUAUUCAAAAUCUUUUUUCAAGGAUCCUGGGAUUAAAUAUUUCAAAAGUGGCUAUAUAAAAUGCACAUCAUAUAUCGGACCGUUUGCAUGCACACAUAAAUAAAAUAUUCAACAACUUCUAUCAUCAUACAUGUAAAAAACAGAUCCUUUGAUUCAUAUUCAUAAUAUAUAUAUAUAUAUAUAUAUAUAUAUAUAUAUAUAAAUGUUUGUUAUAUAUAAAUAUAUAUAAAUAAAUAUGCAUAAAUAUUUUAUACAUAUAUACCAGUCAAAAAAGUUUUUUUUAAAUAAGUCUUUUCUGCUUACCAAGCCUGCAUUUAUUUUAUCCAAAGCAAAACAGUAAACUUUUGAAAUAUUUUUACUUUAUAAAAUAACUAUCUGAAUAUAUUUUAAAAAUUAUUAUUAUUAUUAUUAUUAUUAUUAUUAUUAUUAUUAUUAUUAUUAUGUUGAAAACAGCUGAGUAGGAUUUUUUUUCAGGUUUCUUUGAUUAAUAGAAAGUUCAGAAGAACAGCAUUAAUCUGAAAUGGAAAUCUUUUGUAACAAUAAAUGUCUUUAUCAUUAGUUUUGGUCAAUUUUAAGCAUCCUUGCUAAAUAAAAGUAUUAAUUUCUAUAAUUAUACUGACUCCAGGUUUUUAAAAUGGUAUAGAGUAUAAUGUUACAAAAGAUAAAUGCUGCUCAGAGAAUCCUGAAGAAAAAGCACAGUUUCAACUCAAAUAAUGUUUGAACAGCAAAUCAGCAUAUUAGAAUGAUUUCUGAAGGAUCAUUUGACACUGAAGACUGGAGUAAUGAUGCUAAAAAUAGCUUUGAUCACAGGAUUAAAUUACAUUUUAAAAUGUAUUCAAAUAGAAAUCAGUUAUUUUAAAUAUUACAAAUACCAAUAUUUCACAAUAUUACUGCUUUUGCUGUAUUUUGGAUCAAAUAAGUGCAGGUUUGGUGAGCAGAAGAGACUUUAAACAUUAAAAAUGUUACUCUUCAAAAACUUUUAAAUUAGUAGUGUAUAAAAUGUUAAAUUAUCAAUUAUAUAUACUGUAUAUAUAAAUAUUUAAUAAAUUAUAUAUACAGUAAACAUACACACACACAUAUAUAUAUAUAAAACAAACUGCAAUUCAGAUUUUGAAUAAACUGUGUAAAAGUGACUGUGAUGUGAAAAUACCAGUUGUAUUAAAGUUUCUCCUAAUUGA